UUUCCAAAAUGGCGGCAUACAUGAAAUAAGUAAUUUGUUUCCACAAUUUAUAUUCAAAGUCUAUUUAAAAUGAGCCGGAGAAACUAUCGAAAGAGGAGGGUUUCAGAAGAGGGAGAUGAUUCAAGUGAGAUCCAUUCAACCACGGAUUUGUUGGAAGAACGAAAAGAAAUUCAAAAGUUUCGAAAACGUCCAAAAGGAGUCUCUGCUGUUGGUCUUGCGUUGGGCAAAGAACUUCCUCCUGAAGAGAGCGUUAUUAGUGAUCCAUUCAAACUCAAGACUGGUGGGCUAGUACAAAUGAACGAUUUGAUACAAGAUCGUGAUAGAGAUAGGGAYGAUGAAGGCACAGGAAUGUCUGUCAACAUUGGAGCUAACUUUGCUGCUGAAACCAACAGAAGAGAUGAAGAUACAAUGAUGCUUAAAUAUAUCGAGGAAGAAAUGACCAAGAGGAAGGGAGCCGACAGGAAUGAACAAGAAGAUCCUACAAAUAAGUUGAAGACAAAAGAAGAUAUUCUUUAUGAAGUCCCAAAGAACAUUGACGUGCGGUCAAAAUUAAUGAAGUCAGAAGAAAUGUUAUCCAAUCAAAUGUUGUCUGGCAUUCCUGAGGUGGAUCUAGGAAUUUCUGCAAAAAUAAGAAACAUUGAAGCUACAGAGGAGGCUAAAAUGAGGGUGCUAGAAGAACAGCGUUCAAAAAAGAAAACAGGACCAACAGAGAUGGUACCCACAAACAUGGCUUCUAAUUUUAUGCUACAUAGUAGAUUCUUUGAUGAGCAAAGAUCAGUUGAUGCUGAGAGCCAAAAGGCAGCUAAACAAAAAGCAAAAGAAGAAGAAAAGAAAAAGAAAGUAGUUGAGCCUACAGUACCUGCUAUGGAGUCCAGUGGUGCUGACUUUAGCUCUACUCAAAACAAAGCAAAAAAGAAAGAAAAAUCUUCUGAUGACUUUUACUAUGAGAAGUUUAAGAAAAGAGCAAGAGAUAACUGGAGAUAUCAAUAGGCAUAGAUUCUUUCUGUUUUCAAAACACUGUACAUAACUUCAGAUGAGACAUUCUCAACAAAACUGUAUGCACAAAAUACUAAUUKUAUAAAAAAGAUAAAUAAAAAACAGUUAAACCACA